GGCCAUUGGCGGUUGCGACGGCGAUGACGAAUGACUCCACGUGAUCCAUGUCGCUUUCCGUAUGUGGCCUUGGCGCCGCAUUUCAAACCUUGAUUCCUUAGUGCCUUGAUGCCUUGAUACCUCAUAUUGAUAUCAUCCCUCCAUCCCAGAACUGCACCCGAUGAGCCUGACCAGAGCGGGGGAAGGAUUUACAUGGACAACUUGACGAGAAUUUGUUGAAUCACCAAUAUCAGUUUCUAACGAGCCCGUCAAAAUGCCCGUUGGAAUCAUUCAACCGUCGAACUUCAUCAAGCUCACCAAUGUGUCCCUCGUGCGGAUGAGACGAGGCAAAAAACGCUUCGAGAUCGCCUGCUACAAAAAUAAAGUCCUCGAAUGGCGGUCCGGCGUGGAAAAAGACCUCGACAACGUCCUCCAGAUCCACAACGUCUUCCUGAACGUCAGCAAAGGCCAGGUGGCGUCGUCCGAUGAUCUAAAGAAGGCGUUCGGCGCCAAGAAACUGGACGACAUUAUCCUCGAGGUGCUGAGCAAGGGCGAGCUGCAGGUCGGCGAGAAGGAGCGGAACGCCCAGCUCGAUCGGAUUCGUCAUGAGGUGCUGGAUAUCGUCGCGGGCAAGCUCGUCGAUCCGAAGACGAAGCGGGUAUAUACCACCGGAAUGAUCGAGAAAGCCCUGGAUCAGCUGAGCUCGCAAAGCUCACAUUCCGCCCAUCCGCCCAAAUCUGCUCCAACUAGCGGUGAAGCUGCUACGAGCGAGCCGGCGGGAACGGCCGCAGCUGGUGUGAAAGAGAAAGACCUGCCCGUUUGGACGGGCGUGGUGACUACGAAAUCCUCGAAAUCACAAGCCUUGGAUGCCAUGAAGGCGCUGAUUGCCCAUCAACCGAUCCCGCUAGCACGGGCACGAAUGAAGCUUCGGAUCACCUGUCCAACCGGCAUCUUGAAGCAAGCGUUCAAAGCACCAAAACCAGCAGAUGGGGACGGCGAGGGAGCCGAGAAGGCAAGUGGGACGGUCAAGGAGCGAAUCUUGGGCUUAAUCGAACAAGUGGAGUCACAGGAUGUGGUGGGGGAUGACUGGGAGGUCGUGGGUUUCGUAGAACCAGGCGCCUAUAGGACGUUGACGGACUUCAUUGGCAGCCACACGAAGGGGAAAGCCCGGGCGGAGGUGCUGGAUAUGGCAGUGAUCCAUGAUGGCGAUUGAACGAGGAUUAUACUGCUUGUUAAUGUGUAGAUCACGGUCAUGAGAUACCCACACGAUGCAAUGACAGAAGCCGUUGACCCUUGAUUUUAAUCCAUGAUUUGACUGUACG